AUGAAGAUACCGGCGGUUUCGUCCCGACCGGGAAACGAUACCUCUCGUAGACGAGCACCGUCUCCUAGUCCGCACAAGCUACAGUGGGGGAGUUUGCAUGCGCAUCCGAUGAAUCCCGACGUCGGAAAUCUGGAAGGCCUUGGGCCGAAGGAAUCGCACUUGAUUGACAAGGACAAGAGAAGUGAGCGGAGAGAAGCAGAGGACGACAUAGACAGCUGGGUGGUAAUCUGGCGCCACCCCCGUGCGCGAAAGACGGACCCGCAACCAGAGCAAAAGCCCGAGGCAGAGUCUGCACAAAACAAAGCCUACGUCAUCCCCGCCCGUCGCGAGCCCUCUGGAGAGUUGCCCGAACCAUACAGCGAGCCGCAGCCCGACCCUUCGAAUAGGGGCAAGGGCAAAAGCGCACGUCUAUCCCAACGCCACAACCGCACAGACAGCGUGCAAGCCGACUCCGAUCCCAUCUCCGUCUCCACCCAACACCACCACGAAACCCUCUCAACAUGUCGUGAACUGCACCCUGGGAUGUACGCUGCUCGUCUGAGGCAGCGGUUGGAAGCUAGAAAUGCAGUGCCUGCGUGGAUAAAGCAGCUGGAAGAGGAGCAGAGGAGGCCCUCUCAUGCGAGCGAUUCGCCAGAGCCGGGGUCUGAGCCCGAAUCGGGUGAUGGGUGA